UCUCUUCCCUCCAUCACCAUGUCCUCGGGUCCACUCACCCCGCCGCCGUCAACAGAAACGGAGAUCGAGGACGCGGCGCGCACAGUCGGCUCCCCCGCCCCAGCAGACUCUGCGUCGACCGCGGCAUCAGCGGCAUCGCUCACACCCGACGCGUUCACUCGCCUCUUUCCGCAGAUCGCGAGCUUCGCUACCGAGGGGGACUACAGUGCGCUCAUACGCACGGCAGAGGCACACGAUAGCUCGUCGGAGGACGAGCGCCAGCCGACCCGAUUCUUUCUGACUGCGCCACUCGUCCUGGCCUAUCUCAUCAACGACGAUAUGUGCGUGCCCUCCACCCGCGCGCUGUGCCCUCAUACGCCUCCCUGCUGCACUCCAAUCCGCCCCUUCAGCAACCAGCUUUUUGGACUCGUUGCGUCUGUGUCUGAGAGGAAACACACUAAUGUGUAUGCCCGCGCGCAAAAAUUAGUCGAGUUCGUGGGACAGGCGGAUUUCCUUGACCAAUCGCUCGGCGCUGUGUUGAGUAAUAUGCUCGCUGCAUUCCUGAACGCGUUCCGCCAAAGGAUCUUCAAACUCCUGCAGAGAGCAUACAUGAGCCUACCGCUGUCAUUGGCCGAGAAGUAUCUUGGGAUGUCGUCCGACGAGGUGCUCAGUGCUGCUGCGAGCGGCGGCUGGUCAUACGACUCUUCGACCCAGAUCUUAACGCCUGCUGUCAAAACUGUGUCCGCUGCUCCAGCUCCGGUCUCCACACUCAGCACUUUCGGCUUCGUGUCCAGCAGUGUCGCCAAAUUGGAGAUGUAGAAAUCUUGUGUCAUCCAAUGUACAUGUGUAUUCUAGCCAUACUUACAGAACCUGCUUUCUUGCUGAUAGCUCUUGCGA